CUCUCGAGCUUAUCUCCAUCUAAAGUCCAAGCUGGUUCGUUCAUACCUCCAGGCAGUCACUGAGAGCCUCCUCUAUAUAAACCUCAAGCUCCUUCCUUGUUUUUGAGAGAGAGAGAGAGGCUAUGGAAGCCAGAAACUUACUACGCGUCCUGUUUCUUUUUCUCAGUGUAGUCCUUGUGCUACUCUUCACCUGGGUUCAUCUCCCCUACGCGCCACCUUACGCAAAUGAGCUUCUUGACUGCGCCACCAACUCACCAUGGUGCACCUCCAAGAACCGCCUCCAAUCCAAACAAUCCGAACUCCUCAGAGAGCCCCGAAACCCCACGCGCCACCACAACCACGCGUCCGACACACCUCACCACCCUCUGGACCCUCUGACCAUCCAAGAACUCAACAAAGUCCGCUCCAUCCUUUCCUCCCACCCACUCUUCAUAUCGUCGACCUACGCGCUCCACUCCGUCGACCUCGAAGAGCCCGAGAAAGCGCUCGUCAAGAAAUGGAAGAAGGGGGACCAGCUGUUACCCAGAAGGGCCUCUGUGGUCGCACGUGUCAACGGCAACUCAAACGUGUUGACAGUAGAUCUCAGCACCGGCCAGGUGACCGUGUGCGAAACCGGCUCGCCUUCCGGCUACCCCACGAUGACGAUAGAGGACAUGACCACGGCCACGUUGGCCCCACUCGCUAACGCUGACUUCAACCGCACGAUCAUCCAGCGUGGGAUUGAUCUGGCGGACCUGGCGUGCCUGCCGAUUUCGACGGGGUGGUACGGCAAGUCCGAGGAGAAGAGGAGAUUGAUUAAGGUGCAGUGCUACUCCAAGAAGGGCACUGUGAACUUCUACAUGAGACCAAUCGAAGGGUUGACUGUGCUUGUUGAUUUGGAUACUAAACAAGUGGUGGAGAUUUCAGAUAAGGGCAGCAGCAUACCGAUUCCAAAGGCCGCCAACACAGACUAUCGGUACUCCGUUCAGGAGCUCCAUCAAAUAAUGAACCUACUGAACCCGAUAUCCAUCGAGCAACCCAAGGGUCCGAGUUUUAGCAUUGAAGAUGAGCACUUAGUCAAGUGGGCGAACUGGGAAUUUCACCUGAAACCUGAUGCGCGAGCGGGUAUGAUAAUAUCUCGGGCCAAGGUCCGGGACCCAGACACCGGGGAGCUAAGGGAUGUGAUGUACAAAGGGUUUAGCUCCGAGCUCUUUGUGCCUUACAUGGACCCCACUGAUGCGUGGUACUUUAAGACGUAUAUGGACGCUGGUGAAUACGGGUUCGGGUUGCAGGCCAUGCCACUUGACCCGCUUAAUGAUUGUCCGCGGAACGCGCAUUAUAUGGACGGUGUGUUUGCCUCAGCUGAUGGAACCCCGUACGUCCGAUCAAACAUGAUUUGCGUGUUCGAGAGCUAUACGGGCGACAUCGGAUGGCGUCACUCUGAGAGCCCAAUCACGGGGAUGCCGAUUAGAGAGGUGAGGCCAAAGGUGACGUUGGUGGCUAGAAUGGUAGCGUCGGUCGCAAACUAUGACUACAUUGUUGAUUGGGAGUUCCAAACAGAUGGACUAAUCAGAAUUAAGGUUGGACUUAGUGGUAUUUUGAUGGUGAAAGGUACAGCCUACGACAACAUAAACCAGAUUCCCAACGGAGAAAAUAUACACGGCACCCUUUUGUCUGAAAAUGUCAUCGGCGUUAUCCACGACCACUACGUCACGUUCCACCUUGAUAUGGAGAUCGACGGCUCAGAUAACUCCUUUGUUAAGGUCAACAUUAAGAAGGAGCAGACCUCAGCCGGCGAGUCACCAAGGAAGAGCUACUUGAAAGCCGUCAGAAAUGUGGCCAAGACUGAGAAGGAUGCACAGAUUAAGCUCAAACUCUAUGACCCGUCUGAGUUCCACGUCAUUAACCCGUCAAAGAAGACCCGGGUCGGAAACCCGGUUGGAUAUAAGGUGGUUCCCGGUGCCACGGCGGCUAGCUUGCUUGAUCUUGACGACCCUCCCCAGAAGCGGGGCGCUUUCACAAACAACCAGAUAUGGGUCACUCCCUAUAACCGGAGUGAGCAGUGGGCCGGCGGGUUGUUUGUUUACCAGAGCCAAGGGGAAGACACUCUUGCAACAUGGUCUCACAGGGAUCGAGGAAUAGAGAAUAAGGACAUCGUUGUGUGGUACACGCUAGGGUUCCAUCACAUACCAUGUCAGGAGGAUUACCCAGUUAUGCCCACUGUGUCAUCAAGCUUUGAUCUAAAGCCAGUCAAUUUCUUUGAGAGCAACCCUAUUCUUCGGAUCCCACCUAAUGUGGAGAAGGACCUCCCUGUUUGCAAGCCUACUUCUUCAGUUUGAAUAACUAAUCCACCCUCCUAUAUAUAUAUAUAUACACUUCCCAUAUGUACAUAUUUUCGACAUUUCAUGAAUAAAUUGUAUAUAUAAGGAUCUUUAUUCA